AUGAAGUCCCUCAGUGUGGUAGCGUUGUUGGCGUUGGCCGCGUUUGCCGGGGCCGAGUGGAUCGACAUCGAUUGGUCGCAGGUGAAGCCGAUCGAUCAGUUCGAUCACUACUGGAGCCGUUUGCCAGCGGAGCUUCAGAUUCUGCGUCAUGCGGAACCGUCGCGUCGUAUUGUCAACGGUGAGGAGGCCUUCCCCGGACAGUUCCCGUACCAGAUUGCGCUGCUCAGUAAUUUCGCGGCUGGCGGUGGUCUGUGCGGUGGAUCCAUCCUCACGAACAACUACAUCCUGACGGCGGCUCACUGUGUCGUCGAUGGAAAUGGUGCACUGGCCACCGAUGGUACGGCCAUCUUGGGAGCUCACAAUCGCAUCAACGCGGAACCGACCCAGCAGCGCAUUGCGUUCAGCCAGUCCGGUGUGUUUGUGCAUCCGAGCUACAAUCCGACACUGAUCCGCAACGACAUCGCCACGGUGCGUCUCAACUCGCCGGCCGUCUUCAAUGAUCGUGUCCAGCCGAUCGAUCUGCCAGCCCUCUCCGAUAGCCGCACGUUUGCUGGACUGAUCGGAACUGCCUCUGGGUUCGGUCGCACGUCCGAUGCCCUUCCUGGUGCCUCCGACGUUGUCAUGUACACGCGCAACCCGGUAUUGACGAACGCCGAUUGCCAGAGCUCCUGGAACAUCAUCCUGGUGUCGGACCAGAACGUGUGCCUCGAUGCGACCGGUGGACGCUCCGUGUGCAACGGUGAUUCCGGUGGUCCGCUGACCGUCCAGGAUGGUGGCAACAGUUUGGAGAUCGGUAUUGCCUCGUUCGUGUCGGCACAGGGCUGUGCCUCGGGUAUCCCGUCGGUUUGGGUGCGUGUCUCCUUCUACCGGGACUUUAUUGCCCAGAACUCGGACUACGUGUUCCGUCCUUAA